CAUCAAAAGAACAAGCCUAAUGGAGCGACUUCCUCUCAGUGUUAUGUGUGUGUGCUUGCCUUUAUCCCGACUCGGGUGCGGAUUUGCUGGUCGGAGGCAUGCCUCCCUCUGCCUGGCUCCUUAUAGUGCAGUGAGGGAGGCAGGAGUGGCACGGACAUCGCCGCCGGAGACCACGAACACGGAGCUCUCCCUUUAAACAAGGUCUCAUGAUCGACAACUCUUUCAAUCAGUUGUCCAGGAGUGGAGGAUCAAGGCGAACACACGUCCUCCUCCUUCGCUGCAAGCAAAGCGCCCUGAGUGACACAGGAGCUGCAGGUGGACGUAAGGGGGAGGAAACGCAACUGACACCGGAAGAAUCUCACUGAGCACGAGCCAACAGAGUUCGACCUGUUGACCUUCCAGUCUGACAUCAUGCAUCAGCUGUUUGUGACUUCCCUUUUGGUCUGUCUGUGUCUGAUGGAGCAUUGCCAUGGGAACAGUAGCUUGGGUAACAGCCUCAAUGAUCUACACACAAGGUUUGGUGUCAGCCUCUACCGAACACUCACAGAGACAGAGAACAACUCCAAUCUGAUCAUGUCUCCGGCCAGCAUCUCAUUGUGUCUUGGGCUUCUGCAGCUCGGGGCCAGAGGGAACACUCUCGCUCAGCUCGAGGGAACUCUGGGUUAUGACGUAAAUGAUGCCCGCGUGCGGGACGUUCUGUCUCAGCCACAAGGAGACCUGGGUAAUUCCAGUGAUGGAGUGAGGCUUCAGCUUGCCAAUGCAUUAUUUGUCCAGAGUGGUGUGAAACUCCUGCCAGAAUUUACCCAGCAUGCCCUGGAAUGGGGUAACAGUAGUCUACUGAGUGUAAACUUCAGCAAUUCAAACCACACUCAGCUACACCAAUUGGCACGUUACCAGAAUAAAGCUGAAGACCAGCUCCAGAUAAGACAGGACACACUGCAGUCUGGUGGUCUCCAGGAAGAAGUCCCCAUGUUGCCGCACAUGGCUUUAGUGAGCACAGUUGUGUUUCAUGGUGCCUGGCAGAAACAGUUCCACUUUUCUGAAACUCAGAACCUGCCCUUCAUCCUCACAGAUGGCAGCACAGUCAAAGUGCCGAUGAUGUACCAGUCAACCGAAGUCAACUUUGGACAGUUUGGCCUGCUUUCAGAGCAGCCGUACACAGUAUUGGAGCUUCCGUACCUUGAUCACUCGCUCCGACUACUGGUGGCGUUGCCUAGUGACCGGAAGACACCUCUGUCACAGCUAGAAUCUCAGCUCACAGCCCGUGCUGUGGGACUGUGGGAUACUGGGUUAAGACGAACAAAGAUGGAUAUUUUUUGCCCCAGGUUCAAGAUGGAGAGCAGAUUUAAUCUAAAGCCUGUUCUGCAGUAUCUUGGUGUUUCUGAUGUCUUCAGUCCCUCAGCUGCAGAUUUCAGAGGCAUCUCGGAUGGGGAAAGGCUUUUUGUAUCUGAAGCUUUUCAUGAGGCAAGAAUAGAGGUGACAGAGGAUGGGACAAAAGCAGGUUCAGCCACAGCAAUGGUGCUAUUGAAAAGAUCACGUUCAGCGGUUUUUAAAGCAGAUCGACCAUUUCUGUUCAUCUUACGACAGAUCAGCACAGGUUCAUUACUGUUUAUAGGUCGAGUUUUGAAUCCAGCUGAGAUGCAUUGAAGAGAUAUGUGCAAUUACAACUGCUUCUUACGGUUAUUUAACCCAAACUCCCUCAAGGAGAUCCAAGGGUCCAGAAUAUCUGAGGACCAUUUAGAAGGGGCAACUGACAAUUCAGAAAGGGGGAUGCAACAUUUUGUAUAUAUCUGUAAAUAAAAUUGUAUUAC